UUUUUUUUUUGAAGUUGAAAUAGAAUGAAGAUGUGCUGUGGUUUGCUCGAUGGGAAAUGGGAGGACUACUUGGUUCCAAAGAGAGAAAGAGAACACUACGAAGCCAUUGUUUUAAAUUUAUUGUACCAAAAAGGACACAAGGAUAUUUUUAGAUUUUCUUUCUUUCCCAGCACAAUAACUGAAUGGAACAAACUCCCGAAAGAAAUUGUCACCAUUCAAUCUCUCUCUAUUUUUAAAAGUAAACUCCUUUAGGUCUUCUUUUAUUAGUUUUUAUUUGUAGUUUUAGCUUUUAUUAUCCUCUUCUAUAUUUUUAGUGUUUUAGAGUUGGCGUGAUGUCCCUCGUGAAUGUUGCUAACCAAACCGACUACAAUACUAACUAAAAAUGUUAGUUUUAGUGUAACCAGCUUUUUUAUAGAAACUUUCCAAUAGAUAUGUGCAAAAGAACUUUUUGUAACACUGUUUACCCUGCCUAAGCCGAAAUAAAUCUUGAGAAAGUUUUUGGCAUAAUGUUCUAUAUAAAAAACAACCCUUCGUGACUAUAAAAAUAUCGAUUUUCGAAUGAAUGAUGAUGAUGAUGAUGAUGAUGAUAAACUUUAUUUCAGUGUCAGGUCUUCUAGCUGGCCAUGUAAGGCCUACUAAUAGGGGACACUAAAUUAAAAUUCUAUCAGCUCUAACUAAUUAAUAUUAAAAAAAUAUUUACAAAGAAUAAAAUUUACAAAAAUAUACAUUCUAAAAAAAUAUCGAUAAAACGUAAUCGGAUUUAUGAUAUAAAAUAAUACUUAUUGAUUAAGAGGUGUCCUUUUUGUCUAGAAAAUGUCAUUUAUGUACAACAUAGAAAGCAGUUUUUACAGCCCUCUGUGAUUACUUGUUUAAGAUCCUCCUUACGAAUUUCCUUUUUAAAGCUGUAAAUUGAUUCUGCGUUUUUUACAUCCUUGCUUAAUUUAGACCAUAUUACUGGACCCACGUAUCUUAGGCUAUGUCUCCCGUAAGUUGUUGUGUUGUAUCGAGGAAUAAAAAAGUCACCGGAAUUUCUGAGCCCACAGCGAGGUUUAUUGAGCUUAAAAAUGUCCUUCAUGUACGGAGGGCAUAUAUUGUACUUUGCCUUAUACAUAAUUAUGGCUAUAUCCUGCAAUCGGCGACCUGAGCCUAGUGUCGUGAGUUUAGCUUUUCUCAAGAGCUCUUCGUAUGAACUUCUCGUAUCGCAGUAGACGGCUCUUAAUGCUCGCUCUUGUACUCGCUCCAUCUUUCUACUAUCCGACGCCCGACAGAAAUGCUACACUGUAUGAAUUUGAGGCAUUAUUAAAGAAAUAAAAAUCUUAAGUUUGGCUGAUGUUGUUAACAUGUUUCUAAGCCUCAUCAAAACUCCAACCUUCCUAGAUGCGUUUUUACAUACCUCUCCAAUAUGCCUACUAAAAUUCAAAUGCUCGUCAAUGGUCACUCCCAGUAAUUUCAUUUCAGAGUGACUCUCAAUAUCAUUGUUCAUAACAUCAAUUUUCAUCUGUUUAUUUUUAUGCUUCGACCCGAGAGUCAUCAACUGAAAUUUUUCAUGAUUACACGUGAGUAGAUUGUCCUUAUACCACUUUCAAAUUUCCUUCCGCUCGUGGUUUAAAAUACUCUCAACGUCUUCGAUUCUUUCCCUGAACGUAUAAGCUUGAUGAUCAUCUGCAUACAUCAUUACACUGCACUUAUCAGUUUGUAUUUUAUACAGACCCUUGAGGGCAUCCCCUUUCGGUCGCGAAAUUGGAAUUCUCCAAACGGUUUGACCCAUGAUUUUAACCAAGAAUUCGAAAAAAAAAACUUCCCUUUUUGGGAAGAACAGGUCUAGGAAAAGUGUUUGGUAAUGUUCUACAUAGAAAACAAGCCUUUCUAGACUACAAAAAUAUCGAUUUUUGAAUGGUCGCAAGAUUGGAAUUUCAUUUUUUAAAGGGGUUAAACCAGUGAGUUUGGUCAUAAAGUUGAAAUCUUUAAAUUGUUUCUUUUUGGGCAAAAUAGGUCUAGAAAAAGUGUUUGGUAAUGUUCUAUAAAGAAAACAAGCCUUUCUAGACUAUAAAAAUAUCGAUUUUUGAGUGGUCGCCAAAUUGGAAUUUUUCAUUGGGGUUAACCCAUGAAAUAGGAAAACGAAACAUAGAUGGUCUAUUGGUGUACCGCGGAGAUAUAGAGGAUAUUACACGGUGGCGCGAAGAUAUGAAUUUUAUUUUCGAGUGGCAAAAUAAUAUUUUACGAACGAGCGCAGCGAGUGAGUAAAAUAUUGUUUUUGCCACGAGAAAAUAAAAUUCAUAUCUUCAAGCGGCCGUGUAAUUUCCUUUUUAUUAUAUAGACAAAAAGACAUCGAUAAAAUAAUAGAGGAAAAUGACCGAAAUUAUGUCAUCGAUAAACUCACGUGUGAGAUUAUGGAAAAUAAACCACUCGGGUCCCGGAUGUAGUUUUUAUGAAUUUUACGAGUGGUAUAUUUUCCAGUAAAACACUCGUGUCUAUAUAAUAAAUAUCAAUAUUAUUCCUUCCGACUGGGCACUAUUACCAUGGCUCCAGAGGUCCGUUCUCGAAAUACUCUGGAACACCGUGCUAAUUUUGGUCGGAACAUUUCAAAAGAGCAAAAGUCGUGCAUACUUGGGUGAGUGUCGUUGGUCGUAAGUUUCCCUCCCUACUCCUCCCUUUAAAGAAAGUCUGCGUGGUGGGCAUUCAAAAAAGAGGGGGGAAAUUGAGAGCGCAAGUUGGGGGGAAGGGGGUACACGGUGUACGGUCAUCUCGCCACCAACGAAAUCUCCACCAAGAAGUCUACUGACACCACACAAUAACUCUGCGAUAAUCGACACUGUUUACUUACCUGGGAUUGUUACUUCUUCCUCAAGCCUAAAUAUAAGUUUAUGGAUUUUAAUUGACACCUUGCGUCGAGCUUCUCAUCUUUUUUGUGAAGAAUUGCGACUUUUUAAUGCCUUAAUACGGCUUAUUUGCAUCGCUCGAGAGGUGGGAUUUGUUUAAAAUCCAACAUCCUUUCUUGUGAAAGUUGGUUAAUAUUGUCACUUGAACCUUACCUCCUUAAAUUUCAUUGUCAAUUUAAAGUGAAAGAAUUCUUUAUAGUGACUUGUCCUUUCGAGAAGUAUUAAGAUGUAUAUUCCUUGGUGGCGAGGUGACCGGAUACCUGGUGCACAACCGUUCACACAUCAUCAUCAUCGCCUAAUGAAGUUUAAAAAACUCAGAGGCAUGUCGCUGUGUUGAGGGUUCACAAAUAUUUUUGUAACAGUAACUUCUCAACCGUAGAGAAAAAAUGACAAUUUUUAAGGCUGUUUUCUAACGUUGUCUUUUUUCUAUCCCAGAAUCGCGGGGCUAAUUUUUCACUUGAUUCCGAUCGCCCUAAUGUACUGGCACCAAUGAAGAGACCGUAUCACACCAUUAUCCCAGGUAUGGCUACACGGGGAGACACUGGGGAGUUGUUUGCCUGUUUCGGUGUCAUGGGAGGCUUCAUGCAACCGCAAGGACAUGUGCAGGUGAUUAUUUAGCAAUUAAUGAAUUCGGCUUUCGUAGGAUAUGAAGAAUUAAGCAGAUCGAGGCGGGUGUUAUAGGCCUCAGUGGAUAACACCCUCCGAGAUCUGCUUAAUUCUUCAUAUCCUACGAAAGCCGAAUUCAUUAAUUGCUUUGUUAUUCAUUCAAUAAUAAUUCCUAGUUUAAAAACAUAGCUAAAACAUGCUUACCUGCAUCGAUGUUAAGUUCAUCUUCAAUAGUGUACGUUUAGGUUUGUCCAUUCCCGCAAAUAUUCUCCAAAUAGCAGAUGUCGCCCUCCGAGUUGUCUUCUUGCUGUUUUUGCCGUGUGUUUAGCAUUUAUCUCGCCUAGUUCCAGCUGUAGUUCUUACUCUUGAAAAGAGUAAAAUGUCCGCCAUUAUUUUUUUCACAACCAAAACAACUCUACCUCAUCCCCAGGUCUUCUCGGUAACGGUGCCUCAACCUUUAGCAGGCUGCAUUUUUGACGCCAUUACCUCAUUAAACACAAAAUUCUUCCAAAUUUGGUCAUCAGUAACUGGUUAUGGUAAAUUGUGCGUGUGCCUUUAGCCAAUCAGAAUUGGGGAAAUAUUUUGAAUGAAUAAUAAUAUCGCUUAGCUUUUGUUGGAUAAGGUAACUUAAGUUGAUGCCGAAGGUCAGUCGUCUUCUUUUGAAAUGCAGAGGCGGAUCCAGGGGAGGGGCCCCGAGCCCCCCCCCCCCUUAUUUUUAGACCAAACUGAGGCCCGAAAGGCUUCCCCCCUUGUGGUUGACCCCCACCCACCCCUCCCCCUUCCCUUAUCCCAAGGUCUGGAUCCGGCACAGCAAUGUACGUAUUAUAGGAAAGUACUGCUCAGUAGCUCCUAUUUGAAUGGUCACACUUAAGGUUUACAUCCAGAAACUCAAAAGCGACAACUUCCUUACAAAGCCUAAUAAACAGUACCACAGGAAAGUACUGCUCAGUAGCUCUCAUUUGAAUGGUCACACUUAAGGUUUACAUCCAGAAACUCAAAAGCGACAACUACCUUACAACAGGGUUCACACAGUCUUGAAAAGUCCUUAAAUUUCUGUGGAAGUCCUUGAAGUUUCUUCAACUUUGAAUGUAGUGGCCUGGAAAGUGUUUUUGAUGCUGUUUGAUUGUCUAAGACAGAAUAUAAAUCAUAGCUCGGAGAAUUUAAAGGUUAUUUGCAUAAAGUGUUCUAUGUUUUAUUCAAUAAUUAACUAUCAAUUUAAGACAAGUGAACUGAAAAGGUGAAGUAAACAGUUCAAGCCUUAAAGUCUUAUUAGAAUAGACUGGAAAUGUGCACUUCUGCACAAUCUGUGAAAUUAUAUUCCUAGUAGGUGUUGUCCUUGAAAAUCUAAUGUGGUCCUUGAAAAGUCCUAGAAAAAUGGUUGCAUUUUUUUGUGUGAACCCUGUACAAAGCCUAAUAAACAGUACCGAAGGAAAGUGCAAAAAUCAGCAAAAGAGAUAUUAUCAAUGUUUAGUUGCCCCUCAUGAAUUUUUUAUAUGUCCUUAAUAACUCUACAGGAGCAGCUUGUGUAUGGUUAUAGUAAAGGCACUAAGUAAUAGCAGUAGCAGACAAUUGGCUUUAAACAGCAAUAUCCUUGUGCCGUAGUCCUUUUAACUCUCGGCCAACUGUCAAAUUUCAAGUCAGACUUUAAAGAGAAAUCAGGGGACUUUGACUUUUCUCUCUUUCUAUAUCAGGUUUUGCUCAAUAUGAUUGAUUUUGGGAUGGACCCUCAACAAGCGUUAGACAAACCAAGGUUUUGUAUACAUACCAAAGGAAAAGAGACUGGCUUAGUUUUCUUAGAGGAGGGCAUCUCAAGCGAUGUUGCCACGAAACUCGAGAGGCUUGGGCACGAAGUUGAAUUCCCUGUCUGUGGACAUGAAAGAAGUGUAUUUGGAAGGGGACAAAUAAUCACCCGCAAAAUAGCACCUUGCAAAAAUGGACUUGAUACGGCUGUUUACUGGACAGGGUCUGAUCCCAGAGCAGAUGGAAUGGCUAUUGGGUUAUGACGAACUCUGCAUGGGUCAACUAGUUCAUAUGGAAUAGAGCGAUUUUCGUAUGACCUUGAAAAAUGGUUUCGGUAAGUGUUCGUUAUUUGUUUUAUCAGCCAAUGGAUAAAAAGACCAAAACAUAGCCUCUUUGUUUUCCCGCCAAAGAAAACUCUAAUAGGGAGAAGGCAUUGUUCGACUGGCCAAUGGUGUUGCAGUAUGACGUCAAAGCGAAGUAUCGGUUGAUUUCUUGAAAGUUCUCGAGCAUGAAGUUUUUUCACCCGACCUUUCGCUUAACCAACCAAAGGUCACGCGCGUUUGUUUGUGUUCGUUCGAUAAACCAAUCAAAUCGCUCCAUUACCGUUCGUUUGUUGUUUCUGUUUUGUUCGCGCGUUUUCAUUUCAAGGUCAUACGAAAAUCGCUCUAAUAGACAAACCUACAUCUACAAUGUUGUGGCGACUGGGUAGUGACUAAUCUGUUGAACUUUAGCGGGUACGAACUUUUUCUCAGUUUCACUGUUUGAGAUCUUCGAGGUGGAACGUCAUGUACAAUUAUAAAUUGGUUCAAGCUGAGCAGAAAAUUUGACUAAUUAUUUUCAAUGUACUUUUGCCAUACUUAGAAAUCUAAAAGAAAGGCAUCAAGUGAUUCCAUCAAUAGGAAAACAAAGCACGAUCGGGUGU